UCAGCAAAAUGAUUUUGAUGUUUACUUCAGACUAGAUUGUUUUAUGCUUGCAGCUAACUACAGCUGUUGUGAAUCGCCCGUUUCUCCUGAUUUUGUUGUCCACUUCAUACAGUCUCUCCCACAAGGAUCAAUACCAGUUAUUAUUUCUGAUACCUACCAUUGUGCCGCUUCAGAAUCUGGUUCCGUAGUAAAGGAAUUACAGAAGAACUCUAUUAAGAUAGUGACGAACUCACUGACGUUCCGUUCUCUUGGAGAACUUCAAUAUGGAGUCACAAACCUGGAGAAAACCAUCGAGUGUUUAUCUGGAGACUCUAAACAAAUCUUUAUCUUCACUCUGUGUUUCAAUGUUGCUAGACUUCUACCUCAAGUUGAUAAGAUUUACCGAAGUUUUCCGUGGGUAAGAUGGGUUCUGUUAACUACAGGGCAGAAACAAAUGUCUGAUUAUACACUAUUUCAAGAAUAUCCUUUUUCAUCCUGCAAAAUUGCCAUGCCCUAUGAGGCUAUGACUGGUUGUAGCUCAGGACAUUGCUCCAAACGCCAAAAAACCAAUUACAUAAUUGAAGGUCCAGACAUUGAGAAUUUCAACUGCAGUAAGAGAGUAAGGAUAGCCAAAUGGGUUGACAAAAAAUUUCUACCAGGAAAGCCAAAUGACUUUUUCUGUAUUUCUAGACAUCUCCAUUUUAGCGGACGAAAACUCCGUGUAGCAGCAGUGAGUCUUUUCCCAUUCUUCGUCCAGGAAGUCGAUUCAACCGGAGAGAUAAAAGGAAAAGAAGGCAUUGAUCUAAAACUUUUAGAGAUUUUGGCAGAAAAAUACAACUUUAGGCCUGCUUAUAUUUAUGGGAAUGAACUCACUGACACUGCAGCAAAAUCAGUCUGCACUGGUAAUAUAACAGCCUUGCCUGUUCUUUAUUUGGAUUUCAAGGCAAGACUUCACAACAGUUGA